AUGUCAACCCCUACGACUUCUCCACCUCCUCCGUCUUCUACUAGCACUCCGUCUCCUCCAACUGGCCGUAGUCCGCCGCCUCCGACUUCUCGUACGCCGUCCACUCCGUCAAGAAGUCCUCCACCUCCCUCAACGCCGCCGCCGUCGUCCUCGUCUAAUAUUUCAACCGGACUUGUUGUCGGAAUUGCAAUUGGUGGAGUGGUAAUUGUUCUUCUGCUAAGUAUAUUGUGCCUUUGCUGUACGAAGAAAAGGAGAAGACGACGCGACGAAGAGGGAUUUUAUCCACAUCCUCCGCCUGACCCUAAAGUUGACCCUUAUGCUGGUCAGCAGCAAUGGCAGCACAAUGCUCCUCUACCACCUGAUCCUUUAAUUGGGAUGGUACCUAAGCCAUCUCCUCCUCCGGUAGUUGCAUCCCGACCCCCGCAUUCUCCGACCAGCAUUCGUCCUCCACCUCAACCGCUCUAUAUGAGUAGCAGUGGAGGCUCAGGCUCUAUGUAUUCUGGGCCUGAAACGCCGCUCCCUCCACCCCCUCCCCCUCCUAUGGCCUUUGGUUUCUCAAAGAGUACUUUUACUUACGAGGAACUGGCAAUGGCAACAGAUGGCUUCUCGGAUGCAAAUCUCCUCGGACAAGGCGGAUUCGGAUAUGUGCAUAGAGGGGUGCUUCCUAAUGGAAAGGAAGUUGCAGUCAAGCAGUUGAAAGCUGGAAGCGGGCAAGGCGAACGAGAAUUUCAGGCUGAAGUUGAUAUCAUCAGCCGAGUUCAUCAUAAACAUCUUGUUUCUUUGGUUGGAUAUUGCAUAACUGGGUCCCAAAGAUUGCUUGUUUAUGAAUUUGUUGCAAACAACACUUUGGAGUUCCAUUUACAUGGUAAAGGGCGGCCGACCAUGGAUUGGCAGACAAGACUUAAAAUCGCUUUAGGAUCAGCAAAAGGACUAGCUUAUAUUCAUGAGGAUUGUCACCCGAAAAUUAUUCAUCGUGAUAUUAAAGCUGCUAACAUACUGUUGGAUUUCAAGUUUGAAGCAAAGGUUGCUGAUUUUGGACUUGCAAAGUUUACUUCUGAUGUCAAUACCCAUGUAUCAACUCGAGUGAUGGGUACUUUUGGGUAUCUUGCACCAGAGUAUGCCUCUAGUGGCAAACUUACUGAGAAAUCAGAUGUUUUCUCCUUUGGGGUUAUGCUUUUGGAGUUGAUCACUGGUCGUCGACCCGUCGAUAUGAGUAAUACUUCCAUGGAAGAUAGUCUCGUAGACUGGGCUAGGCCGCUAAUGAACCGAGCUUUAGAAGAUGGGAACUUCGAUGUUUUGGUCGAUCCAAGGAUGCAGAAUAACUACAACCACAAUGAAAUGGCUCGCAUGGUUGCCUGUGCCGCUGCUUGUGUUCGUCAUUCUGCCAGGCGUCGACCACGAAUGAGUCAGGUAGUACGAGCGCUCGAAGGAGACACGUCACUAUCGGAUCUCAAUGAAGGUGUCAAACCCGGGCAGAGCUCAGUGUACAGUUCUCAUGGAAGCUCAGACUACGACACCCACCAGUACAACGAGGACUUGAGGAAGUUCAGGAAGAUGGCACUGGGGAGCACGGAAUAUGGAGCGAGCAGCGAAUAUAGCGGACCGACAAGCGAGUACGGGCUGUAUCCUUCGGGGUCAAGCAGCGAAGGGCAAACCACAAGGGAAAUGGAGAUGAGAACAGCAAAGAAAGAGAGUGGAGGCUUCAGUGGACGCUCCUGAAACAAAGGCUUUUGUCUUUCUUUUCUGUGUAAAGAAACAAACACAGGCUGUUAUUUUGACUUUGAUUGUUACAAAUAUAGCAUCAUUUUCAUAUUGAUUUAA